CGAAAGCAUCCAUUUGUCAACACAACAACAAUUGAAUAUUUUAUGAAUAGCUAGCUUAGUUUGAAGGUUAUCCGUUUUGGAUAAUUUGGAUAAUGAAUUGUUCAAAAAGUCCAAUGUUCCGACCUUUAACGCCAAUUUUGCUGAAACCGCAAAGUCGCCAUUACCGAUUCUCGAGCCUCCGCGUUUUAAAAAAACUCCAUGUCUGCUCACAAGGUCAAAUGCUAACAAUUCAACAAGAAAGCAUCAUCCCAGUUCUGUAAAUCUGUUAAAUACCAGUAAUCAACAACAAAUUAUAUCGAUUCAUCUCUGCAGCUGAAGGAAUCGAGGAAAUGGAGGAGCUUUCGAGCGAUGUGAUCAUCAAAACGCUAUCGAUGCUGCCGAUCAUGCCGCUUGUACGGUGCAGAUUCGUCUGCAAAUCCUGGCUCAACCUUACGCAUGACCCGCAUCUGAUCGAUACGCAUCUCUCAUUUUCAUCCGAAAACGAGGCCCAUUUUGGUCUCAUCCUCAAAACCUCCGCCCCAAUUGGCCGGGCCCUUUCCCAGAGCAAUUUGUUCUUGGUGGCAAACGAUGGAGCUGAUGAUCUCUACAAGUGUGUGAAUGUUAGCUUCUCUUUGCCCUCUUUUAGCACUUAUGAAAUUAUGGGUUCUUGUAAUGGAUUGCUGUGUUUGUUUAAUCCAAUUUCUAAGCAUUUGACUCAUAUAUUUAAUCCUUGCACUAGAGAGUAUAUGGUUUUGCCCAGCCCCCAAAGGGCUCCAGAGUUAAUUGUUGAUGUAGUGGUAGGGUUUGGGUUCUUGGCAGAACAAAAGGAAUAUAAAUUGGUAGAAGUGGUUUACUAUGGGAGUGAAUUAGUUGGUGAAGGUGUUUUGUGGUGUAAGGUUAAUUUGUAUACUCUGGGUGAUAAGUCCUGGAAAAGUCUUGGCUAUUGCCCUUAUUCACUUUGUGGUAGGGGGUGCUCUGAGGCCUUUGUGAAUGGAGCUCUUCAUUGGGUUAGUGAUGGUUAUGAUGAUGGUGCAGGGCUAGUUAGUCACAUUGUUGCCUUUGAUUUAGCGAGAGAAUCGUUUGAAGUUGUGCCACACCCUGAGUUUGAUUCGGGGAGGUUGAACUAUACUUUGGGUGUGUUACGGGGAUGUCUUUCGGCCACAAAGUGCAAGUUCCGGGAUUACGUUGAGAUUUGGGUGAUGAAGAGUUAUGGGGUGAAGGAAUCAUGGACCAAGUGUUUGAAAAUAGUUUGUGAUGAGGUAGGGCUGAUCAUUGGAGCUGUCAGGCCGCUGUUCUUUCAGAAAAAUGGCGAGAUUUUGCUUCAACAUGGUGGGAUUUUGCUCUCGUAUAAUCCUUUAACUAAGAAAUUAAGAGAGGUUCGUGUUUCUGGAAUGCCCAGGUCAUUCAAGGCGUUUGUUCAUGUUGGAAGCCUUGUUUUGCCUUGCUCACUGGUUGGCAAGUGAUUCGAGAGUAUUUAUCUUUGUUGCCGGCUUUAAACACGUUUUUCUGCACACGAAGCCGACCUAGCUAUAUCUGGAAAGGUGUUGGAUUCUAGCAGUGGAUCUUUGUUCUUUGAUGUCUGCGGAAAAACCAAGACCUGAUAGAUUUUGCAGCUGACUUAAUGGAGCUUGCUUAGAUCGAUUGGAGCGAUAUUUGGGGUGACCAAAGACAGUCAAAAGCUCGAGGUACUCGAGAUCAGCUGAUAUGCUCCAGUACCUAGCUGCUUGCUGCAUCUUGAAACUCGUUGGCGCCGCCAUUGCUUCUUGAAACCAGAGAUGAUCAAAGUAUGAAAACAUGACAGAAAGUUCAGGAUUCUUGACAGGAGGUAGAAGAUUACAACACAAAACACACCAGAUUUAUGUGAAAUGUAGACUUGAGAAAUCUAGUGAAGCUCCCCAAGAACAGGAUAAGCAAAUGCUGCUUAGAUUCUAUGUAACCUUGGAUACAUAUUUUGAAAACCUGGAAAGAUAGUUUGUGUAGGAUUUGCUGCCCAUAAACUUGUUCCUAGUUUAGUACUUCAUAUUCAUCUUCCACCCUUAAUGUUAAUUGGGCUGCUUCACAUAGUUUCUCAUGGGCUUCAUUCCUGUCACUCAGCCCAACAAUAUUGGGCUAGGUCUAUAUCAA